AUGAUACCCUACGCGCCGCUCGCGACGGACAUUUUCGAUGGCCAUGACGAUGGGGACAGCACCUGGUGUUCCAGCGACGAUGGCGUGUCGCUGGACUCGUCCCCUUCCGACGACGAGACGGAACUGACCGUCGACGACACGGCGCCGGAAGAGGACGGCCUUUUUAUCCCGGCACUCCCUAUCCCCGCCGACCUGGCCGAUGAUUUGACAAACGACGGCACAUCGGACGCCUCCUACGAGGACUGGUCCUCCUUCUCGCAAAGCGUCUACGAGGACGAGCUGUCACACGGCCGUCGAUAUCACGGCUUUCGCAAAGGCCGCUAUCCGCUGCCCAACGACAGGCAGGAGCAGCAGCGCGAGGAGACGAACCACGCCAUGAUGAUGGAGCUCUCCGACGGGCAUCUCUUUUAUUCAGACAUCGGGCAAUCUCCAACCAACAUCCUCGACGUCGGGACCGGCAUCGGCAGUUGGGCCAUCGACGUGGCCGAGCAGUACCCCGAGGCAACCGUCGUGGGCACAGACCUGUCCGCCAUUCAACCCAGAUGGCUCCCCGUCAACGUGAGAAUGUAUGUCGACGACUGCGAGGAGCCCGACUGGCUCCACGGCGAGGAAUACGACUUGGUGCACUUCCGGGGCAUGGCGGGUAUACUGAAAGACCUGGACAGCGUCUUACAAACUGCUUACAGGCGAACAAAGAACGGCGGCUGGGUUGAGUUUCAAGAAAUCAUUCCGCAGAUCGAAUGCGACGAUAGCAGCAUGCGCCCCGACGACCCGCUGCGGAUAUUCUACGACGCCGCAACCCAGGGGCUGCGCACGUUUGGCUGCGAUCCGUUGCGACCAGCCAGGUUGGAAGAGGCGCUGGAGCACGCCGGCUACACCAAUAUCCGCUGCGUGACCAAGAAGAUUCCGAUAUCGACCUGGGCGCGCGGCAAGCGCCUCAAGACGCUAGGGCUCUUCAUGAAGACUGUCAUGCUCGACUCGCUGGACGCGCUGGCCGCGAAGCCCCUGGCGGCGCUCGGCGUGUCGCCCUCGGACCGGCGCGAGCUCACACGCCACGUCAGGAGGAGCCUGGACGACAACACGGUGCACCGCUAUGUCAACUGCGUGUUUUGCUACGGGCAGAAGAGGGAACAGGACGGGGCCUUUGCCGACCUGGACUGA